AGUGGAUUCGCACCAAGAUUCUGGAAGAAGAUUUUCGUCGCUAUACACUGCGAGGAGGUGAUGACAGAACCAGCGGCUAUGCCAUGCAAGGGACAUGGAGGGAUCGAGGGCGUGGCAAUCGCGGUCGCUCUUACUACAGCCAAGGUGGUCGCGGGACUUGGAACCAGCGGGGGCGUGGUGGCGCUGGUGCAAGAGGAAGAGGCCAAUCUGAUAUCGCUGCGCAAGCUAGGCCAGGCCGGAGUCAGCACCACCACCAAUGGAUCCAAAACAUUCAAGGGGCUGCGAGGAGAUCGUGUGUUAUGGGAUUAACACGAAAGCAGAGAUGUCUUCAGAUC